AUGGCGCGGGAAUUGUCACGCUACACUCCGACGGUGGUGACGAGAUAUCUUCUUAUACAACAGCCCUCUCAUACAACAGCCCUCUCAUACAACAGCCCACUCAUACAACAGCCCUCUCAUACAACAGCCCACUCAUACAACAGCCCUCUCAUACAACAGCCCUCUCAUACAACAGCCUUCUCAUACAACAGCCUUCUCAUACAACAGCCCUCUCAUACAACAGCCUUCUCAUACAACAGCCCUCUCAUACAACAGCCUUCUCAUACAACAGCCCUCUCAUACAACAGCCUUCUUAUACAACAGCCCUCUCAUACAACAGCUCACUCAUACAACAGCCUUCUCAUACAACAGCCCUCUCAUACAACAGCCUUCUCAUACAACAGCCUUUUCAUACAACAGCCCUCUCAUACAACUGCUCACUCAUACAACAGCCCUCUCAUACAACUGCUCACUCAUACAACAGCCCUCUCAUACAACAGCCCUCUCAUACAACAGCUCACUCAUACAACAACCCUCUCAUACAACAGCCUUCUCAUACAACAGCCUUCUCAUACAACAGCCCUCUCAUACAACAACCCUCUCAUACAACAGCCCUCUCAUAAAACAGCCCUCUCAUACAACAACCCUCUCAUACAACAGCCCUCUCAUACAACAGCCUUCUUAUACAACAGCCCUCUCAUACAACAACCCUCUCAUACAACAGCCCUCUCAUACAACAGCCUUCUUAUACAACAGCACUCUCAUACAACAGCCCUCUCAUACAACAGCCUUCUCAUACAACAGCCCACUCAUACAACAGCCUUCUCAUACAACAGCCCUCUCAUACAACAGCCUUCUUAUACAACAGCCCUCUCAUACAACAGCCCUCUCAUACAACAGCCCUCUCAUACAACAGCCCUCUCAUACAACAACCCUCUAAUACAACAGCCUUCUCAUACAACAGCCCUCUCAUACAACAGCCUUCUUAUACAACAACCCUCUCAUACAACAGCCCUCUCAUACAACAGCCUUCUCAUACAACAGCCUUCUCAUACAACAGCCCUCUCAUACAACAGCCCUCUCAUACAACAGCCUUCUCAUACAACAGCCUUCUCAUACAACCCUCUCAUACAACAGCCCUCUCAUACAACAGCCUUCUCAUACAACAGCCCUCUCAUACAACAGCCUUCUCAUACAACAGCCCUCUCAUACAACAGCCCUCUCAUACAACAGCCCUCUCAUACAACAGCCCUCUCAUACAACAGCCCUCUCAUACAACAGCCCUCUCAUACAACAGCCCUCUCAUACAACAGCCUUCUCAUACAACAGCCCUCUCAUACAACAGCCCUCUCAUACAACAGCCCUCUCAUACAACAGCCCUCUCAUACAACAGCUCUCUCAUACAACAGCCCUCUUAUACAACAGCCCUCUCAUACAACAGCCCUCUCAUACAACAGCCUUUUCAUACAACAGCCCUCUCAUACAACAGCCCUCUUAUACAACAGCCCUCUCAUACAACAGCCCUCUUAUGCAACAUCCCUCUCAUACAACAGCCCAAUCAUACAACACCCCUCUCAUACAACAGCCCUCUCAUACAACAGCCCUUUCAUACAACAGCCCUCUUAUACAACAGCCCUCUCAUACAACAGCCUUUUCAUACAACAGCCCUCUCAUACAACAGCCCUCUCAUACAACAGCCUUUUCAUACAACAGCCCUCUCAUACAACAGCCCUCUUAUACAACAGCCCUCUCAUACAACAGCCCUCUUAUGCAACAUCCCUCUCAUACAACAGCCCUAUCAUACAACAGCCCUCUCAUACAACAGCCCUCUCAUACAACAGCCCUUUCAUACAACAGCCCUCUUAUACAACAGCCCUCUCAUACAACAGCCUUUUCAUACAACAGCCCUCUCAUACAACAGCCCUAUCAUACAACAGCCCUCUUAUACAACAGCCCUCUCAUACAACAGCCCUCUUAUGCAACAUCCCUCUCAUACAACAGCCUUUUCAUACAACAGCCCUCUCAUACAACAGCCCUCUCAUACAACAGCCCUCUUAUGCAACAUCCCUCUCAUACAACAGCCCUAUCAUACAACAGCCCUCUCAUACAACAGCCCUCUCAUACAACAGCCCUUUCAUACAACAGCCCUCUUAUACAACAGCCCUCUCAUACAACAGCCUUUUCAUACAACAGCCCUCUCAUACAACAGCCCUAUCAUACAACAGCCCUCUUAUACAACAGCCCUCUCAUACAACAGCCCUCUUAUGCAACAUCCCUCUCAUACAACAGCCUUUUCAUACAACAGCCCUCUCAUACAACAGCCCUCUCAUACAACAGCUCUUUCAUACAACUGCCCUCUCAUACAACAACCCUCUCAUACAACAGCCUUUUCAUACAACAGUACUCUUAUACAACAGCCCUCUCAUACAACAGCUAUCUUAUACAACAUCCCUCUCAUACAACAGCCCUCUUAUACAACAGCCCUCUCAUACAACAGCCCUCUCAUACAACAUCACUCUCAUACAACAGCCCUCUCAUACAACAGCCCUCUCAUACAACAGCCCUCUCAUACAACAUCACUCUCAUACAACAGCCCUCUCGUACAACAGCCCUCUCAUACAACAGCCCUCUCAUACAACAGCCCUCUCAUACAACAGCCCUCUCAUACAACAUCACUCUCAUACAACAGCCCUCUCAUACAACAACCCUUUCAUACAACAGCCCUCUCAUACAACAGACCUCUCAUACAACAGCUCUCUCAUACAACAGCCCUCUCAUACAACAGCCCUCUCAUACAACAUCACUCUCACACAACAGCCCUCUCAUACAACAGCCCUCUCAUACAACAACCCUCUCAUGCAACAGCCCUCUCAUACAACAGCCCUCUCAUACAAAACCCUCUCAUGCAACAGCCCUCUCAUACAACAGCCCUCUCAUACAAAACCCUCUCAUGCAACAGCCCACUCAUACAACAGCCCUCAAAUACAACAACCCUCUCAUGCAACAGCCCACUCAUACAACAGCCCUGAACUAUUACCUGUACAAUCAUCAAAUGUUCACCCGAACAAUCACCUCAGUUUGACCUGCACAAUCACCUUAGUUUGA